GCUUUACUGAGAAGUAACGUUAGCCGUACAAUACUGUAGCGUCUGACCGGACGUUAAAAGGAUGAUGAGGACUGAUCACUAAUAUUCAGUUUAUUGUUUCAUUGUUAUUCACUGUUGGAACUGAAAUAGUUGAUGUCGAACUAACUACACCAAACUAACAACAUCUACAAACUUAUCUGACAGUCCUCCAGAACAUAACUUAAGAAGUAACUUAGGUCUGACUUCAUCAAAAAAAAAAAAUACAGCGUAAAUGAAUAUUACCUGACACUAAAUGUGAAGCACAACACCAGGUUUCUGUGCCUGGAUUCCAGUUUAUUUCUUCAUGAUGCAGCGCAAUUUACUUCUCUCUUCUUUAGCAGUCGGAGAAAUCUGUAAAAAUAUACCUCUGACUGCUUUGCACAACAGCUCUUCCCCAUUUUUAUAAAAAUAAUUUUACAGUUUAGACACUAUUAAAGCCUGUGAUUCAAACUAAUGCCGCUAAUCCCCGUGUUCAUCUGUUGCUUUUUGCCACUCAGUGGCCGUAACCAUGGAGACGUGCUGUGACGUCACAUGCGUACCCUCUAUACAUGCAGCCUGUGGUUCUGAUACAUUCCUUGAGUUGGGAAAAUCUUUUAAAAAAAAUUAAAAAAAAAAAAGAAAAGGAAAAAAAAAAUAGAUGAAAAGCUUAUUUAUUUUAUUUUUUUUGUCUUCGUGCCGUGGUACACAAACAUUAAAACUGUAGGAGAAAACACAUUACCGUUCUUUACCUCACAAAUUUAACCCGCUCAGUCUCCGAAAGUGCAAUGUUGCGUGUAUAUACACAAUAAUUAGAACAAAAGCAGUAGUGCAGAGCUUUUUUUUUUUUUUGUUUUUUUUUUGUUUUUUUUUUUUACAGUGUAUUUUCCUCCAUAGUCUUCAGUGCACAUCAGAGGCGGUUAGUUUUGCUCUUUGACGUCCGAGCUUUCAGAGAGGACCAAAAAUCUUCCCCGGCGCCGAGGAUCAGAGCAGUCGAACCCUCUGUCCACUCCAGUGACGCUGGUUCAUUUUUUUCCCUUUUGCCAUUUUAAAUGUUGGCAGUAUUAUUACGAUGAGUCGGUGUGACGCCACUUGCUUAAUGUUCAAAUGUUUGUUUUAGUAAAAGAACUGUGAUUAUGAAAUCGGCUUCGGUGCAUUGAGCAGGCCGGCGGUACCGAGAGUGUGCGGGCUUUUAAUUCCAUCCAGCAGGUGAUUUAUGUGGUCCAGUCCCUCCGCUGGUUCAAGGUGUGUUCAAGUAUCAGUAGUUUUUUGGAGUUAUAAUGUUACAGCCAUACUAAUGACGUGUGUGUGCGAGAAGCGUGUGUGAGUGGGUAACGGCCUCGAUGGCCUGCGUGAAAAUCCAUUCUGAAUCAAUUUUAAUAGCAUUUAUGCAAAUAUGUAAGAUGUAUGUAUCCAUGUAAUUCUUUAUCAGAAUAAUCCAAAUGCUAUUCUAUUUAUAAACUGUAUGUCAUACCUCUAAGAAGAUAUCAAUGUUUAUUUUCAUAAGCUUUUCUUUAACAUGAUGCUCCUCACAGACUAACAUUUUGUUCUGAGGUUUGGGACGUCUCAGCUGGCAGUUAGUUUUAGCCGACCUGUGAUCUCUGUUUAUUUGGUGUGGUGCCGUUACUCCGGUGUUUUUAGAUGCUUCCUGUGGUCAAAUACGUACCGCCGUGGUUUACAGCCAACAAUAAAGUACCUGUGCCCUCAGAGUUAGAGUACCUGUCGUAGAACAUGGGCCUAAUGUGACACUCGUUGUGAGCCAGAUGAGUUCGCACCAGGGGCGGGCAAGAAAACGAGAAUACGCUGCACAAGUAAAAAUGUAUUCAAAGUAUCUCUGGAUAGUAUAGAAGAGCCAAUGAACGUUUGACAUUUCAGGGUCAAUGUGCAUCUGUUGAGCAAUGUCUUAAUCAUUCAGUGAUCAGUUCCCAUUUUUGCCAAAUUAGUUCUUGUCUUUUUCAGAAUUUUCUGAAUAAGGAGAAGUAAACGUGUUCUGCCUGUGGAGUUCCCCUGUCAUCCAGAUCAUAUCAUUGCUAAAACAAAGUUAAAAUGAAAGCAACAACUUCUUUUUUUUUCUUUUUAGUUUUUUUUGAAGAUAUUUAACCCCCUCAUUCAAGUAGCUUCCUAGGUUUUCAUAAGGUAAAGUGUUGGGUGAUCUCCACCCAAAACCCGCAUAACUAAGACCUGUUCCUGCAAGUUUCCUCUGUGACCUUUCACCCUCUCACAUUAGUCGAGCGUGGAAAUAUGCCUGUGAAGAUUCUCAGUCGUCCACGUAUAUCCUAAACACGGGCUGGAUGUCUUGUCUGCUGCUCCACCUGCAAGCUCCACCCCGUCAUGGAAAUCAUUUUAUUUAUCCAAUGCAUAUUGAUCACCGAUGGUCAUUUCAUUUAUUUAAGUUACUUUAGAUUAACUUGUGUUCUUAAAUGUCUAUCAUACAGCAAACGGUGUUAUGAAUACUGUUCAUUCUGCAUUAAUUCAUUUUUUUUUCAAGUCUUUAUUUUCAUUUCAGACCAGAUAUGGUUUUUUUUUUUUUUUUUUUUUUUUUCAGGGGGACAUUAUCUAUUAUUAUAAACAGUGUGCUACUUUUUUUUUUUUUUUUUUUUUAAAAAAAAAAGCACCAACUAAAACGUCUAAGACACAAUAAUAAAAGUGCACGUAUUCAGUUUCUUGCCACCCUGGUGUCAAUCCUGACAUUUAAUUCCCUGUAACUUAAAGCCUUCCACUGCCUCUGUGGUUGAAAACAAUCCCUGCCUUAGGUAUAAUAAAGGAUCCUCCAUACCUCUACUUCUCGCCUGUCGUCUUUAUUUCUUGUGUGUUGUGUGUUGUGGACGUGAGGUAGAUUUCCAGCGCGCUCACGCGCCCGUCUCCAACCUGUUGGAAGAAGGGCGAAAGUGAUAACGACUGUCUGAUCCCCACCCAUCUGUUCAGAGCACAGUUCCGGGUUCUCUUCAGCCUGGAGCUGAUCGCCGCCGCCGCCGCUACUGCUGCCGCUGCUGUUGCGUUAUUCCGGCGCUCACAAGGCGAAGACCAUGUCUCUUUUACUGGAGAACCAGUUCGGCGAACUUCCCCCUGACAAGUCCGUGGACACAAAAGCCUUCCUGGAGUCCGUCUCUCAUCUGCCUGCGUUUUUCGACUGCUUGGGGUCCACAGUGUUCUCGGUCAUCAAAUCAGACAUUAAUGGAAAUAUAACGAAAAUCCGUGCAGUGUAUGUGAAGGAUCCUGCAAAGUAUGUCACCCUGCAGGACAUCCUGGAGGCAGAGCGGGAGGCCCACGGAGCGGAGUGGCCUAAAGUUGGGGCAACAUUAGCUCUGAUGUGGCUCAAGAGGGGUCUCCGUUUCAUACAGAUCCUGCUAAAGAGUUUGGCAGAUGGAGAAAGAGAUGAGAACAACCCAAACCUGAUUCGGGUCAAUGUCACCAAAGCCUAUGAACACGCGCUGAAGAAAUACCACGGCUGGUUUGUACAGAAGAUUUUCCAUGCCGCGCUAAUCGCAGCACCCUACAGAUCAAACUUCCUCAAGGCUCUGUCAAAAGGAGAGGAAGUGAAAGAGGAGGACUGUCUGGCCAACGUGCGUCAGUUCCUGAUCAACUACACCAUCACUGUGGACGCCAUCUACGACAUGUACACGAAUCUGAAUGCAGAGCUGGACUACACCGUUUGAUGUCGCUUGACGUCGCUUGACGGCUGGACUCUGGGUGCAGGAGUCUCACACAAGCCUAGUUUUCAAAUUUUCACAAACAUUCUUAAUUUUUCUUUUGUUUUUAGUAUAUGAUAUUUAUUACUUGGAUUAUGACUUAGUAAAUAUUAUUGCUAUACAUUUGGUCUUACGAAUAUCCAAAUCUGUUCUCGUGUUUGUAGGAUUAUAAAAACAGCAGCUCUGCUCUCAGUCUGAGGCAGGAUUAUGCUAUUGUGUGGGUUGCUGCUUUAUUUAUGACAUUAUCAGGUGCCUUUCACCUGUUCCACCAAAAAGAAUGUAAACACUUUUGUUACAGGAAGGAAAUCCUGUUAAUGUGUCACAUUCUGAUUUUCUCUGCCUCAUGAACCCUGGACUUAUCUCCAUGGUUAAACUGGGAACAAUAGCCCCAGUAGCUGUCGUUUUGUUUUGUUUUGUUAACAUUUUAAGAGCUAAUCUCUGUAGUUUUUUUUUUUAAUUUCCUGAAUCCACGAGUGCCUUGGCAUUACUGAAGAAAUGCAGUGUUUUCAAAGUAAGCUAAUAAAUACCUGACAUUUGCAGCUUUAGUUCACCUGCAAAGAAAUGUUAAUGGGGAAAAACAAUAGUUCCCCCCCCCCCAUUUCCUAUUGAGGGCUGUGAGGGUGUUGAUGUAAUAGUGUCUCAAAAUAAUAUCCUUUAUAGGAAAACUUGUCAUUUGCAGAUUUUAAUAUAAUAUAUUAAUUGGAAAUGUAUUUUCUGGAUAAAUAAACAGUUUGUUUCUAGAUAAUUUAAUUUGCUCCCACGAGAUCCUAAUCUUAAAACAUUUGAUUCAAACGAAUGAAAUCACGUUCAGUUCACAAAUCUCACACUAGGUGGCGAUAUGAACCUGUGUGUUUUUUUGGGGGAAGGGUCUUGAAUCAAGUUUGUCUUUCUUCUUCUGCAUGAAAUAUUUAAGGGAAAUGUUUAGUGAUAACAAUCUAUGCAAUGGACAUUUCUGAUUUCUGACUACUGGGAUAUUAAAUAACUAAUUUCUAA